AUGAACAAUGAAAGUCUCGAAACUACGAUUCACGUAACUGCUCCAAGUAUUCUAAGCAAGCCCACGCAAACCAUGCCCCAAAGGUCUCCGUUCGCGAUCCAAGAGCUCCUAGGGCUCGGUGAUUCCCAGCACCGUUCUCCGACGGCUGGCGUCUCAGCCAUUACUCCUAACGUUUAUCCUCAUCAGAGGCAUAUGCCCCCGCAGUCAUGUUUUCCUUCGGAUCCUGCUGCAUUCAAUCACCACCAUAUGACCAUGGCGGCCAGUCGGAUGGCCUACUUCAAUGCCCAAGCGGCCGUGGCCGCAGCGUUUUUGCCCCAUAAUAUUGCAGCUGCGGCAAGUAUGAGUGCUGCUAAUACAGGAGCUGCAUCGCCAGCAAACGUCUUGGGGUUGACAGGACAUUCCCCGAACACGGCGACAGAUGAAUACCAUUCAAUACAAAAUAAUAAAGGUUUUUCGCAGUUGAAAUCAGCUUUUCCUACGUCCGGUCCUGGCGGCUGUCUGCCGGGUCAGUUAGAUAACACCAAAGAAUUUAGUGUCGAUGGUUUGGGAAAUUUUAGUAAAAAGAAGAAGAAAAAGCGGCGUCACAGGACGAUCUUCACGAGUUACCAACUGGAGGAAUUGGAGAAGGCCUUCAAGGAUGCUCACUAUCCUGACGUUUAUGCAAGAGAAAUGCUCAGUCUGAAAACUGACCUACCAGAGGAUAGGAUACAGGUGUGGUUCCAAAACAGGCGAGCUAAGUGGAGGAAAACGGAGAAAUGCUGGGGUCGGAGUACCAUCAUGGCCGAGUACGGUCUUUACGGAGCAAUGGUGAGACAUUCUCUGCCACUUCCGGAGACCAUCCUCAAAAGUGCCAAAGAGAAUGAGAGUGUCGCCCCCUGGCUGCUCGGUAUGCACCGGAAGUCGAUCGAAGCGGCACACCAUCUGAAGGAGCAGGAGAGUUGUAACAACAGCAACAGCAGCGAUCACGAGGAAACGACCUCGAUGCACACGGAGGCAAGCGACACGAGUGCCUCCAGCGGUGCUCCGUCUCAACAACCGACUCUGAACUCGAUCGGUGGUGGCGCCACAAGCUCGUCACGUUCCCCACAACAUGACUCGCACCAGGUAAGGCAACAGCAACAACAACCUUCGACGACGACUACGACGCAACAACAACAACAACAACCACCACAACAUCCUCCUCCGCCACCGUACAACGACGAUCCCGAAACGUUUCGGAACAAUUCGAUCGCAUGCCUCAGGGCUAAAGCCCAAGAACAUAACGCGAAAAUUUUGGGCAAUCACGGUUCUCUGCUUCAGUUGCGGGCGUUGUCCACGAUGGCAGAGCAAUCAAACGCGCCUUCUUCGGUUAGUUGUGACGCGAACGCUAACAGUCUUCACCAUCACCAGGAGGUGAGGACGUCUUCGACUGGGGCGUCCGAUCCUGGUGCGGGUGGCGGAAUUUUUUGACAAAGCAGACCCAACUGAUGCUCGUAAUGACCGAUCAGGUUUCGUUGCUUUACUUAACACACUCUCUUUUAAGUUCCUAAAGGUUUUCUUUGAAAAUUUUCUAUGUUUACGUAUGUACGUACAAGGUGGCCUACGAAGCGCUCAAAUAAUUUUCCUCGCUUUUCUGUAACUAAAGGUAGUUGUGCAGGUAGCAAUUAUUGAUAAUUAAAAAAAAAAGAUGACAGGUGGUUUUAUACCUAACAAACGAACUAACAGCUGCUCAGAAAAAAAGUUUACCUAAUGCAUUAAUUUCAUCAUCCAUCGACGUUUUAUUCAACAAACGUGUCGCACAUUAUCUACAAAUGGUGACACGUUAGUCAGAGUUACAAAAUUUGACCUUUUAUGACUCACUAAACCUUUUAAUCACUAAAAAUAUGUAAUCAUGAAAUACAACGGUUUUAUGAUUCGGAAAGUGUUAUAAAAACAAAUAUAAGUAUCUACUAUUAAAACAAGUACCUAUUCUUAUACAAAUAAUACAGGAUGAUUCAAAAAGGACUUUGCAACCUUAAAAUACUGUCGUAAAUUUGCACGAUUUCAAAUCCAAAUGUGUUUUCAACAACGCCAAAUAGUCGUCUAUUGGACGUGCAGUUCGCGAGAAGGGCUGUUAACAAUAUUUUGUCUCACUUGUUUAAAGACUUCAUCAGAUAUCCUUGGACGACCUGAUAAUUUCUUAUGUCUUACCGUGCACCCUGUUUCU